AAAAACAGAGAUGUCGCCAUCUAUUGACUCAGAUAUUGCAAGACAACAAAUAGAGCAGUCACUUCUUUGUUCGUAGAAUCUUCUCAGUUCCAGCAGUUUCACAAACACUCGUAGGAAAAUGUCGGAUGCAUUCAAUACAGCAGCUGCAGAGGUGAAGGAUCUUGCUACCUCUCCGUCUAAUGAGGAUUUACUGAAAAUCUACUCUCUCUUCAAACAGGUUACAGUUGGAGAUUGCAAUACAGAUCGCCCAGGAAUGUUGGACUACAAGGGCAAAGCUAAAUGGGAUGCCUGGAAUGGACUCAAAGGCAAGUCCACCGCGGAUGCCGAGAAGGAAUAUAUAGAGUUAGUGGGACAACUCAAGACGUCCUGCGGCAUGAAGUAGAUAGAUAGAUAUUAGGUCUUAUUCAUACUUAAGCGGAUAAUUUUUGAGAAAUAUGCAAUGAAAUGAAUCAGUAAACUUUCAUUGGUUAGGGUGAUCAUACCAUGUAAUUGAGGCUUCUACCAACCUGAGGUGGCGUGAUAGCUCACUGGUAAGCAGGAGUCUUGUAACCGGGAGGUUCCAGGUACGAUAAUAAUUUGCUGCACCAAUGUCCUUUGCUAAGGCACUAAUCAUCAUUAACAAGUCCCUCGCUCGGGGAGGACUUAACGACGUCAAUCCCCUGGCUUCUUACUUACGGGCAUGUACUCAUGCUUUCUUAGCAGUCGGUUAAAACAAACCAAACCAAACAAAACAAAAAUUUAGUAGGCAAGCUUUCAUUCUCCCCUGUGUGACUUUCUCAAGCCACAUGAUUCUUCAUUCCGUUUCUUACUAUUUGAUCAGGAAACAGAAUUUUAUGGUUGGUAGAAGCCUAAAAUUAUAUAUUAAUGCAAUGAAAUGUCACUGGAAUUGUUUUAUAUCCAAUUUGGUAUUUGUAUCUAUCUAACAAUAUAUCUUUGUAACUUGUGUUUCAGCAGUUAAGAUGGGACCAAUGCUUGUCACCACAUUUGAUUUUAGAUUAUUAUUAUUUGGUUCAUUCUCUUAAAAAAGAACAAAUAUCUUAUUGUAGACUUAUCUUACAGUUCUUGGGUGUGAAUGUUAUCACCUACAAUUGACCCUAGAGGAUGUAGCCCUGAUUUAAACCAGUUUGAUCAUGUCAGAAGUUCGUUCAUGCCACAUCUGCUACGAAUGUGCUUCUUUGUAAUACAUGGUUGCGCACAUGUUUUCUGCCGUUUUCCCCACUACCCAGUCAUAACAUUUUUAUGAGAACAAAACCGAAAGUGCGAAGCUAAUUGAUUGAAAAUGGUGAAAGAAAUACUUAUUAUGUCAUAAACCUAGAGAAAAGAAAUCAACUACAAAAAGUAAUUCCUAAGUUUAAAAAAUUAAAAUGUUACAACCGUAACAUCAGCAGAAGAUGAGAUAUACUUGUCUUGAUUAGAGAAUACAUCGCAGUUUUAAGGAGAUAUCUCAAUCUGCUUCGGGUUCAGAUCAAAGUGAUGGUGAUACCAUUAUUAGCUUUUGGGUCGACACUCCGUCUGGACUCGAUCCUCUGUAACCGCCCUAAUAAAAAAAGGGAUAUACAUGUAUGUUGUGGCAUUGUUCAUAAAAAACUGCCAAAUAGGCGCCAUUUUUUGCUCUGUUGAACCUUUGAAUAUGAAGGCUCUCAGCUGAUGAUGUCUACAUCCUUUCCAUUGUGUGCAAUUUGGAUAUAAUUAAUAUAAUACAUGUAUAAAGAUUUUUACAAUGAUAUUUUAAGCAAUUAACAAUUAACAUCAUUCAUUGGCCAAUGUAAUAAUCUUGUAGACAUUUUUAUUCUUCACUGUUUUGUAUGGAUCCCUAUUCAAACGAGUCAUAUUUUAGCGGAAUUGUUUUGAUAGAAUUAUAUUCUAAGCGUUAAUAUGAUCUGUUAGUAAGUUCUUAUGCUGUUCUAUUUGGAAUAAUUAUUUGAAGUCGAUUGGGAGAGGAAAUGUAUUAAAAUGUUAUCUUGAUUUAUGUGCAAAUUGAAUAUGUUUGAAUAACCAAAAUGCUUGAUUGCAAUUCCGAAGAGUGCAACGUCUUGUGAAACUGCACCACUGACUGCUCAGUGUAUCUGUACAGGCAAACCCUGUUAAAUAAGAGUACGGUAUGUUAAAACCGACUCUUAGUCUUCAUAAUAUAGUGGAACCUUGGUCUUUGGGACCAGAGAUGAUUACUUUGUUAUACGAACAUAUAACAAGGGUUCAGUUGUUGAAUGAACCCUUGCUAUAUCAGGGCUAACUAACAAACAAACAAGCAAACGACAAUCAAACAAACAAUGAAAUACAAAGAUGCAGGGCGGUAUUCUGACUUUGCUAUACCGGUAGAUAUAAAUGAGAGUUUGUUAUAGCAUUGUUUUCUAAUACAAGGUUCCACUGUUUAAGUGAAAUCGUCAAAUACAGCCACAUUUGAAGAAAAAAAGAAAUAGUUUGUAAUGAUGCUGUGCCUCUAUAUGAAGCAAAUUUUGUUAUGACUGGGUUUGCCUGUUUUUUAUUAACAGUAAAUGUGUUUUUAAUCAAGAAUAAAUAAAUAUGCAUGAAUCAAUAAGA